CAUCGAAAGCUCUGUAUUCGAUUAGUAAUCCUCUCCUCUACAGCUCUGUGCUCGACUCCAGUAAUGGACUCUGUGGAGUUGUUCCGGAGGCUUGGUGCCGGCGCAAAGUUCGACUGGAAACGAUUCGGCAGAGAUGCGGAAAGGUUUAAGGUGGUGAGGUCUCAGAACAAAGAGAUCUCAAAACCUUUGAAUGAAAUAAGUUUCUUUGGGAAAACCAGAGAGGAGCCAGGUGAAGAGUCCAGAUGUGCUGCUGAUGACGAUGAUGAUGAUGCUGAUGCUGAUGAUGGUGAUGAUGGUGGUAAAGAACAGGAGUCGGAGGAAGAUCAACCCCCUACUCUGGAUGAACCCUUGAGCAAGCUGAAGAAAAAAAAGAAAGGGAACAAAAGAAAAACUCAGGGUUCAGAAAAUGAAAGCGAUGAUGAUUCAGAGCAGACGGGGAUACAGUGGAUGUCUUCGCAAGACAAGACGGUGAAAAAACAGAAGAAGGCGGCUGCAGAAGGACCAUCGAUAAAGAGAUUAAAGCAGCUUCACAAAGAGAAGCUCAAUCGGAUCCGGCAUCAGAACAGGAUUAACGUGCACGGCACAGACGUCCCCGACCCUCUCGGCACGUUUGAAGAGCUACAACAGGAAUAUGAGCUGGAUUCCCGAAUCAUUCAGAACAUCAGAGCAGCGGGCUUUCAGACCCCUACGCCUAUUCAGAUGCAGUCCAUCCCUCUGAUGAUGCACCGACGAGAAAUCCUGGCGUGUGCUCCUACAGGAUCGGGUAAAACCAUAGCCUUUUGCCUGCCCGUCCUGGCACAUCUCCAACAGCCGCUCAACAAGGGUUUCCGAGCGCUCAUCGUAGCACCUACAAGAGAGCUGGCCAGCCAGACACACAGAGAGCUGCUGAAGCUGUCUGAGGGUCUGGGCUUCAGGGUUCACAUGAUUAACAAAGGAGGGGAUGCAGCCAAAAAAUACGGACCAAAGUCGGCCAAGAAGUUCGACAUCCUGGUGACGACACCAAACAGGCUGAUCUACCUUCUCAACCAGGACCCUCCAGCUGUUGAUCUGAGCAGUGUGGAGUGGUUGGUAGUGGACGAGUCCGAUAAGCUGUUUGAGGACGGUAAGACCGGUUUCAGGGAGCAGCUGGCCACCAUCUUCCUGGCCUGCUCCUCUCCUAAAGUACGCCGUGCUCUCUUCAGUGCCACGUUCACCACGGAGGUUGAGCAGUGGUGCAAACUCAACCUGGACAAUCUUGUGUGUGUGAACAUCGGACCGAGGAACUCUGCAGCUGAAACGGUAGAGCAGGAGCUGCUGUUUGUUGGUGCAGAAAACGGCAAGCUGCUGGCUUUAAGGGACCUGAUAAAGAAGGGGUUUAUGCCUCCUGUGUUGGUGUUUGUACAGUCUAUAACACGAGCUCGGGAGUUGUUUCAUGAGCUGGUGUACGAGGGCAUCAAUGUGGACGUGAUUCAUGCUGAGCGUACACAACAGCAGAGAGAUAACGUGGUGAGCUGUUUUCGUUCCGGGAAGAUCUGGGUGCUCAUCUGUACGGCGCUCAUGGCCCGAGGGAUCGACUUCAAAGGCGUGAAUCUGGUCAUAAAUUACGACUUUCCUACGAGUGCUGUGGAAUAUAUCCACCGUAUAGGUCGUACAGGAAGAGCAGGUCAUAAAGGGAAAGCCGUUACAUUUUUUACCGAAGCCGACAAACGGCUCCUGCGCAGCAUUGCAACAGUAAUAAAACAAGCUGGAUGUCCUGUUCCUGAUUACAUGAUUGGAUUCAAGAAAUUAAAAAGCAAAGUGAAGCGCCAUCUUGAGAAGAAACCCCCAAGGAGGUCAACGAUUAGCACAACGCCUCGUUUUCUCAUGCAAAGGAAUCCUGCCAAAGUAAAUAGGAAAAAGGGAAAACCUGAGGCAAGAGCAAAUGGAGGUGAAACAGAUGAGUGUAAAAAAAAAAAUAGCUGAGAGUUUGAUCAAAUAAAACAUUGUAAAGAAAUUGUCUAAUAAAACCAUUUCGUCUUUCGAGUA